ACCCCACUUUUUUAAUCAACAUAACCUCACUUUCCAAAUCAAACGCGAUUAAAAGAUGGCAUUUUCGAGCAAUUUUCACCGAUUUUUCCCACAAUUACAGCGAAUUAAACAUUAUUCAACUUCAAUUCAACAAAUUUCACCAAUUUUAACGAACCGGAACCCGAGGAAUUUAGAAAAACUUCGAAUCGGUUAUAAACCGGAUGGAUAUCAUGUCGAUAAAAAGGGGCGAAAUUUCUGGCACAAAUUGGAAAUUUCGGUUAAUCGGAGGCAUAUAACAGCAACGAUAUCUCAUUUCACAAACGGAGUCGUUUUAAAAGCCACCACUAAAGAAUGGGCUUUACAAAAACAGCUUUAUGGCCUCACAGAUUACUCAGCUUACGUUAAUUUAGCUCGAGUUUUAGCUCAACGAUGCUUGGAGUGUGGAAUAAUCGAGUUUUAUUGCGAUUACGAGCCGAGGGAUAAUCAGGAGAAAUUAGCGGGGUUUUUAAAGACUUUGAGUGAUAACGGGGUUGUUUUAAAAGAGCCGGAUCAAUAUAAACCCAGUAAACCAUGGGAUCAACACCGACCAGAAAAACCUUGGGAAAUCAACGAAUAAAAAAAUUAGUUUGAAAUAAAUUUUAUUAUAAAUAA